UCUCUCUCCACCUCUUUCCCCCCUUCUUCCUCCUGGUGUGGUUAGUUUAUGCUUCGGCUUCAUCUACAAUUUGAUUUAUUUUCUUCUCUAAUACUCUUCCUCCAUCUCUUGGAGGCUCAAUUGCUGCUUUAGUUUAUUGUUUGUUUCUUUAAUUCACCAUGCGUGUCAACGCCGCGCUGACCUCUGCCUUGGUGUCCUCGGCGACUCUCAUGGGCUACGCUCAUGCUGAGGAUGCUGAACCCAAGGCCGAUGCUUCGUCGGUGGCUGAGAAGCCUACCUUCACCCCGACCACGUUGAAGGCGCCGUUCCUAGAGCAGUUCACCGAUGACUGGACCUCCAGGUGGACUCCGUCGCACGCCAAGAAGGAGGAUUCGACCUCGGAGGAAGACUGGGCCUACGUGGGCGAGUGGUCCGUCGAGGAGCCUACCGUCCUGAAGGGCAUUGAGGGCGACAAGGGUCUCGUCGUCAAGAACGCGGCCGCUCAUCACGCCAUCUCGGCCAAGUUCCCCAAGAAGAUCGACAACAAGGGCAAGACCCUCGUCGUUCAGUACGAGGUCAAGCCGCAGAACUCUCUGGUCUGCGGUGGUGCCUACAUGAAGCUCCUCCAGGACAACAAGAAGCUUCACGCCGAGGAGUUCUCCAACGCCUCCCCCUACGUGAUCAUGUUUGGCCCCGACAAGUGCGGUGCCACCAACAAGGUUCAUUUCAUUUUCCGCCACAAGAACCCCAAGACUGGCGAGUACGAGGAGAAGCACCUGAAGGCCCCCCCUGCUGCUCGCACCAGCAAACUCACCUCGCUGUACACUCUGAUCGUCCGUCCCGAUCAGACCUUCCAGAUCCUGGUCGAUGGCGAGUCCGUCAAGGAUGGCAACUUGCUGGAGGACUUUAACCCUCCCGUCAACCCUGAGAAGGAGAUUGACGAUCCCAAGGACAAGAAGCCUGCCGACUGGGUUGACGAGGCCAAGAUCGCCGACCCCGAGGCCAAGAAGCCCGCCGACUGGGAUGAGGAGGCCCCCUACGAGAUCGUGGACGAGGAAGCCACCAUCCCCGACGACUGGUUGGAGGAUGAGCCCAACACCAUCGCUGACCCCGAGGCCGAGAAGCCCGAGGACUGGGAUGACGAGGAGGAUGGAGACUGGAUCCCUCCCACCGUGCCCAACCCCAAGUGCAGCGAAGCCUCUGGCUGCGGCCCCUGGUCGCCUCCUAUGAAGAAGAACCCGGCCUACAAGGGCAAGUGGAGCGCGCCUCUGAUCGACAACCCGGCCUACAAGGGUGUGUGGGCGCCGCGCAAGAUCGCCAACCCCGCUUACUUUGAGGACAAGACCCCUGCCAACUUUGAGCCCAUGGGUGGUAUUGGCUUCGAGAUCUGGACCAUGCAGAACGACAUCCUCUUUGACAACAUCUACAUCGGUCACUCCGAGGAGGAUGCCAAGCAGCUCCGCGCGGAGACCUUUGAUGUCAAGCACCCCGUGGAGAAGGCCGAGGAGGAGGCGCUCAACCCCAAGAAGGAGGAGGGCGCGACCACCAGCGUCAGCUUCAAGGAGGACCCCGUGACCUACGUCCGCGAGAAGGUCGACCAAUUCGUCAUCCUGGCCAAGGAGGACCCCCUGACCGCCGUGAAGACGGUGCCCGAGGUGGCCGGUGGUCUGGGUGCGCUGCUCGUGACGAUGAUCCUGAUCAUCGUCGGUGCGAUCAGCGCCAGCAGCCCGGCCGCUGCGCCCGCCAAGAAGGGCAAGGCGGCUGCCAGCGCCCCCAAGGAGAAGAAGGGCGAGGCGACCAGCUCCGCGGCCGACACGGGCAAGGGCAGCGCCACCAAGCGCAACACGCGGUCGUCUGCCGAGUAAACCGGCCCGAUCGACCGGUCCUGUCGGGAAGGAAUGGAAAGCCCAGACGUGUCCUCAUCACAAAGCACCGAAGGAACCGCCGCCUACCAACACCACGACAGGAAGAAAACAAAAAAUAGUUAAAAAAAGGGAACCAUGUUUAAUCCAUACCACAGUUUGAGCGUUCAAUCAAGUCGUUCUAUCGAAUUUGUUACCAUCCGGGGAAUCGAGUGGAAAUGAUUGGGAGGAGGAAAGAAUGUCGCCUGUAAAGUAGUUUGAUUACGUGAGAAUUUAGAGUCCAUGCCUUAGGUAUGAUU